AUGUCGUUUCUCUUCCGCUCCUCUGCCAGAUCAUUAACCAGACUCCCAACAAUUUCCAGAAUGAGCUCCACCCUCACCCCAGUUUUUGGCAAGAAUGCCGCCCCACCAGCCGCUCCUUACUCUCCAGGUAUGAAGGUCGGCAACUUGCUUUACGUUUCUGGCCAAGUCCACUACACUGCCGAAGGUAAGAAGAUCGAAGGCUCCAUUGCCGACAAGACCAAGCAAGUGUUCCACAACAUCGAAGCCAUCUUGGCUGCUGGUAACUCCAGCUUGGACAAGAUCGUCAAGGUCAACAUCUUCUUGACCGAUAUGGGUAACUUCAAGGAAUUGAACGAGAUCUACGGUACUUACUUCACCACCCACAAGCCAGCCAGAAGUUGUGUUGCCGUUAAGGAAUUGCCAUUGGGUUGUGACGUUGAAAUCGAAGUCGUUGCUGCUACUAAUGACUAA